AUAUUUUUACACCUUCCAAGCCCUAAUUUAAUAAUAUUUUUGUUUACCACAAGUUCACUCUAUUUUGCCUCGAUAUUUUAACCUAUCUAGAUUUGAAUCACGAACUCUCCUCAUUCCUUCCUCAGUGUCUCUUCUUCUAUUUAACUCUCUUUAAACAAACUUCAAACCUCUUCAAUUUUCUCUCAACUUCUUCUUCACAAUUACAACACUUAGGUUUUGUUUGGGAAACCAUUAAUUUUCUAUAUGAUGGCUGCUCAGAAGCACUUACAUGAGCUACUCAAAGAAGAUCAAGAACCAUUUCUUCUAAACAAUUACAUUUCACACAAACGUAACCAAAUAAAAAGAUCUUCCUCAUACACCACUUUACAAUUGAAGAAACAAAAACCACCACCAACAAGAACAAUUAACCUAUGCAAAAAUGCUUGUUUUUUCUCAUUCCAAAACACACCAGAUAUAAGAAAAUCACCACUUUUCGAACUCUCAUCACCGGUGAAAAGUCCUCUUAGAAUCCCUGCUAAAACAGCAUCACUUUUACUUGAAGCAGCUCUAAAAAUUCAGAGUAAAAAACCCAACAGCAAAAACAAAUCCUUUGGUGUUUUUGGUUCGUUUUUCAAGAAACUAACACAAAGAAACAGAAGCAAAAAGAGUGAAAAUGAAGAAAAUGUUUCUGUUAAAGAUAUUUUGAGGUGGGAUUCUUCUAUAGGAAGAAGACAUAGAAAAUCCUUCAACAGCAUAGUUGAAGAAGAAGAAAACAAAGGCUUUGAAGUGUGUUCUUGCAAUGGAAGACCAAGUUGUAGUGGUGUUUGGUCUGAGAGUAAUGAAGAUAAAUCUUUGGAUAUGGAAACUUCAAGUAGUGGUCAUUCUUGUGAAUCUGUUGAAGAGGUUGAGUUUGUGAUGAGCAAGAAGAAAGAAAAUGUAGAUUGUGCUUGUUUUGAUCCUCAUGGAUUUUUCUGUGAAAGCCCUUUUCGUUUUGCUCUUGAAAGGAGUGCCUCCUCUUCCUCCGGCCGUCGUACGCCGGAGUUUUCCUCGCCGGCAGAGUCACCUAGGCGCCCCCAAAUAGAGGACAAAGAAAAUAAUGGAGUUGAUGGCGUCAACAAAUUCCAAUCAGGGGAAGAUGAGGAUGAGAAGGAACAAUUUAGUCCAGUAUCUGUUUUAGAUCCACUCUUUGAGGAUUAUGAUGAUGAUGAUGAUUGCCAUGAAAAUGAUGAUGAUGAGGGUGAUUUUGAUAUGGAGUGUAGCUACGCCAAUGUACAAAGAAGCAAGCAACUACUAUUAGACAGGCUUCGUAGAUUUGAGCAACUUGCAGAAUUAGAUCCACUAGAACUUGAGAAAAGAAUGCAAGAAGACAACGAAGCAUUCGAAGACGAUGAUUAUGAAGAAGAUGAAAGUGAAGCAUCAAGUGAAGAGAAGGCAUUGAGAGAAAUAGUUCAUGAAAUCCUUUGCCAUCCAAGUGUUCAUGAAAGAUGGCAAGACCAAAAAGUUUUCAAGAGACUAGUUUAUGAUCUCAUUAAGGAGGAAGAGAAAGAACUUAAUUUUUCACAAGAUAUGGACAUUGUAAUGAAAAGGGUAUGCAAGAAAAUGGAAUUGUGGAAAGAAGUGGAAUCUAACACUAUUGAUAUGAUGAUAGAAGAGGAUUUCUCUAGAGAGGAAAUUGGGUGGAAGAAAAAUGCUGAGGAAACAAAAGAGCUAGCUGGAGAGGUUGAACUUGCUAUAUUUUGUUUACUUGUUGAUGAAUUUUCAGAGGAAUUAGUAUGUUAAUGUGGGUAAAUUUGGAUGCAGUUGAGGAGGUACUUAAUUAGUAAUCUUUAUUCUUUUUAUUUAUUACUAUAAGAUUAUAGUAUGACUUCAUACUUAUUUUAAAAUAGGCUAGUUUUAGUAAAGAAAAUGAGAGACCAAAAAAUUUAAUUUGGUUUAAGGGGAAACAUGGGAGAUAUGUUAUAUGUACAUGACUCAUGUAUGUAGCUCGUUGUUCCAUGAGAAUGCUGUAAAUCACUUUUCCUAAUUGAAUUUUGUUACAAUUAUUAUUAAUCCGAGAUAUAGAUCCUCUUGAUAA